AUGUCUCCUUUUAAGAAUGACACUCAGAGAUUUUGUGGUACGAAAAAGAGAGAUCUUGUUUUGCCAGAGAAAAUGAAAAUACAGGAUUUUAAUCCUAAUGCUAUUGAAGAGGAUCUGCAGGAAAUAAAAACUAAAUUUCUUCCUAGAAGACCAUCAAAUUUGAUGAGAGAGCCUGGAGUGAAAUACAACUUUAAUUAUGAGUUGGAAGAAUGCCUUAGAGUUUUAAACAAAACAAUUCGGAAAGUAACCUUCUGUCUUUAUUCUGAUGCACUUGGAGCUAAGAGUUUGGUCAUUCUUUACAGGGAUAUUAGAGAAAAUCUUUCAAUUUUGUAUAGUCUUUUAUUCAGACUAGUAGUUUACUACUUGAUUCUGUACAUCAAUAUUUAUCGAAAUCCUGAUGAGUUUGGUUUAAAAUAUGCUUUACUUGUAAUUGCAUUAAUAGAUGCUGCUGAUGAUGGAAGAUUGAGAAAAUUUUAAGCUGCAACUUAUGAAGAUAUUAUUCAGGCUGCUAAAGAUAUUUUCAGCAUAUUAUUCAUUAAAGUAUCUCUUGAUACUCUUUGGAAUUAUGCAAAAUACUCAACAAUUGAGAGAAUUAUUAUAAGUUUCCAGAGUGAUAUUCAUGACUAGGCUUUUUGUUCUAUACUCUUUAAUAAAAAUAAAAGACUCAGCCUUACAGUCCUUAAAUACUUAAGCUACACUUGUGAGAAUUAAGAUACUGAAGAAUUCGCUUGGUUGAUAUCUAAUUACUAGAUUCUGAAUUCUGUAUUUGAUAACUUCGAAAAGGAACUAAAUGGAAGUAUAUCAACAUUAAAAGCUAUCGAAUAAUCUCUAGAAGAGCGAAGAAUAGAUUACCUUAGAAAAUUUGAGCCUGAAAAGUACAAAAUUUACCUAAAGUAAAAGGGAGAUAGUGAUAUAAAGGUUCCAAACUGGGAUAACAAGGUAGGCUUCGAUCUUCUUAAUAAUUUUAUCCACUUGAUGACUUACAAAGCUGAUUGCAUUAAGGAUUAUGAUGCAAUUCUCUUUAUGACUUAAAAGAUCGUCAUAAUAGCAAGAGUUCUAAGAGAAAUAAAUUCUUAUAUGAGAAGCUAAAAUGAGGAUCUCUAUUUAUUUUCAACAGAUGAUUUCAAAAUUCAAUAGAUUGACAAUUAGAUACCAAAACUUAUCUACCUUUACUAAAAUUUAACUCAAACAGCCAUAAAGGCAGCAAGGUAACUCUCUGAAAGCAUGUAUAUUCAUGAGCAUAGUUAUAAAGAGUUUGAUGGAUGCAUGCAAGAGCUAAAUUAUACUAUUUAAAUGAUAUACAGAGCAGGUUGUUAAGUAAGAGUUAGUAAAAAUUAUGAUUGGGUAAGAAAUAUUCCAUAAAAAGGGAAAUCUACUAUUCUAAGCUACUUUGAUCAAAGAAUAAAGUGA